AUGGGAACGCCAUUCAUCUCGCUCGUCGAGCCUAGCAAGCUCGAGGGCUUCAAGGUGGGUUCUCCGCGCAAAGACCAACCCGCCUCCAUCCCAUCCACCUUUCUCGACGCCAUGGAGGUGCGCGAGGACGUCUUUGUCGAGGAGCAGAGCGUACCCGUCGAGAACGAGUUCGACAUCGACGACUCGCGCUCCUGCCACUGGGUUGCCUACGCCAGCGUCCAUACCACCCAGGAGCCCGAGGUCCGCGACGAGACGGGCGCCGUCGUCCAGCCGCGCAAGAGCUCGACGCGCAGCACCCCCAUUGGCACCGUCCGCCUCGUGCCCUUUCCUCACGACCCUCAUCCAGUCAACGGCGGCCGGUACUGGAACAACAUCCUCGAGGGCGAGGCCGCCGCCGCCACGCCGUCCGGCCAGCCACGCAUCUUCAGAGCCGAUCGUCCCACCACGUACCACGACGGCCGCGAGUCCUACGUCAAGCUCGGCCGCCUCGCCGUCCAAAAAGACUUUCGCGGCAACAAGAUUGCUGGCCUUCUGGUCAGCACCGUCCUGCAGUGGCUCAAGGAGAACCCCGCGUACUUUGACCCCAGCAUCACCGAGCUCGGCCUCGAGCAAAUGGGCGCUAGGCGAGAAACCGAAAUCCCAUCAUGGGCGGGACUGGUCUGCGUCCAUGCACAGAAGCGUGUCCAGCCCUUCUGGGAGCGUUGCGGAUUUAAGCUUGACGAAGGUAUGGGCUCCUGGUGGGAGGAGGGCAUAGUUCACGUUGGAAUGUUCCAGCGUCUGUCCAUCAACGAAAAGAAGCUGCGGAUAUACUGA